CUAUCCCUUAACACUCACCUUCAACCCCCAUUUCUCUUUGGCUAUAACCCUCGCUGCCUCUCUAUUAUAAAAAAGAGAGCCAAGAUUUAGACUUUUAUCAUAGUGUUGAAGUAAUUGAAGGGAAAAAAAUGGCAAUGGUGAAUGUAAUAAGCGUUUUGAUCUUUAUCUCUUCAAUGUGGAUGAUGGGUGAAGCUAGAAUCCCAGGAGUUUACUCUGGUGGAGCAUGGCAAAAUGCCCAUGCCACCUUCUACGGCGGUGCUGAUGCUUCGGGCACCAUGGGCGGGGCUUGUGGCUAUGGGAACUUGUACAGCCAAGGGUACGGAGUCAGCACGGCGGCACUGAGCACGGCAUUGUUCAACAACGGGUUAAGCUGCGGUGCUUGCUUCGAGAUAAAGUGUGCCAGUGACCCAAAGUGGUGUCAUUCGGGGAGCCCAUCCAUCUUCAUCACGGCGACCAACUUUUGCCCACCAAACUAUGCCCUCCCAAACGACAAUGGGGGGUGGUGCAACCCUCCUCGCACUCACUUUGACCUUGCCAUGCCCAUGUUCCUGAAGAUUGCUGAGUACCGUGCCGGCAUUGUCCCCGUUUCCUACCGCCGGGUGCCAUGCCGGAAGAGGGGAGGGAUAAGGUUCACAAUCAAUGGCUUCCGUUACUUCAACUUGGUGCUGAUCUCCAAUGUCGCGGGUGCGGGGGAUAUCGUGAAGGUGAGCGUGAAAGGCUCGAGGACCGGUUGGAUGAGCAUGAGCCGGAACUGGGGUCAGAACUGGCAGUCAAAUGCAGUUUUGGUUGGUCAAUCACUAUCGUUCAGGGUGACAGGCAGUGACAGGCGCACUUCUACCUCUUGGAACAUCGUUCCUGCCCAUUGGCAGUUUGGUCAAACAUUCACCGGCAAAAAUUUCAGGGUUUGAUAGAUUUUGCAACCCCCCCCCCCCAAAAAAAAGUUAGCAAUUAUUAAGUUUAACCCCAUAGAACUUUAAACGAAGUUUAGGGUUUUAUUAGAAAAAAAGGAAUUGAAGUUUUCCCACCAUAAUCCAUUACACCAUUUUUACCCUUGAUCUAGGGUGAAGUUCCAUUUUAACCAAUUGGACUUGGUGUUGCUUACACUUCUUUUUUAAGAAAUAGGGUUUUUGGGGGUGGAUGUCAAUUGAAAUUUUAAGUACAAGGGUGUUUUUUUUUUACUUAAACUUUUAUUUUGCUGUGUAUUGUUCUGUGGUGUGAAUUAAGGGUUUUUUUGUUAAUUUUAAUUUUAGUUUUGUGGUAAAGGAGAAAAGUGAAGAAAAAUAGGUGAGGACUGAAGUGGCUGCACAAAGAUGUAGCCCGCAGCCCAAGUGUUGAAAUGUAGUACUGGAUUGGGGAGUGUCUCCUUUUAUGUGUAGUUGAAUUGAAAUAUAUUUGGUUUGUUUCUUAGUCAA